AUGGCUGAUGAUGAUCUUGUGACCGUUGUGGGAAAUCCGGGCGAGCCUCCUCCGGCACUUCAAGAUCAGGUGGCAGAUAUGACGGAAUACAUGGCGGACUUCUACACCUCCAUGAAGGCCGUGAGCCCUGAGAUGGUCCGAGGCAUCCGCGUGUUUCAGAUUCUCCAAGCUCUUCCCCUGCUCUGGUUCCAUGGCGAUUUGCCUUCGCUGUAUCAAUUGAGCGAGGCAUCUGCGGAAUUGGACGAGUUUUGGUCACACAGUUGGCGGGCGUCCCUAUGGAUAAAGUACGUCAACAUCCUGUAUUUGAAUAACUGCUCACUGGCGAGCGGUGUCGGAACCUUCUUUGCCGCCUUGGCAGCCCUGCUUUACUACGUGGGUGUUUUACCCGUGUGGGAAUCAGGAUAUCCGCGCUGCAGAUGGUCCACAAUCUUUGGCAUCGCAGCAUUCUAUCUGAGCCUCUUACUUUACAGGCGGUCAAAGCUCGUUUUCUUCGAUAUCGGCUGCAUACACCAACGCGACGGAGCAUUGAAGAUACGUGGUCUCCUCAGCCUGGGUGCAGUCCUGAAAAGCUCGAAGUCAUUGCAGGUGCUGUGGCACCGGACUUUCGUGACGAGACUCUGGUGUCUCUUCGAAAUUGGAGCUUUUCUGCACAUCCGUCAAGAAGAAAAGAGGCCGCUGGCGGUUUGCCCACCACUGUUGGGGCCUGGUGCACUUGGAUUCCAUGUGUGUGCGAGCCUGUUUGUCUGUGCGGUGCUGUUUCUGGUGCAGCUGCGACAGAUAGCGAUGAGUGGCUUGAUCCUGGUCGGCUGUCUGUUUUUCCUGUCGUUCACCAUGUUUGUACAUGCAAUGCGGGCAUACUGUCGAGACAUCGAUACGAUGCAACGUCAGCUGAUGGAGUUUUCAGUUAGCAGCGCUACAUCACACUGUUGUGAAAGCAGCUCGUGCGCCAACCACGUUUCAAUUUGUGAUCGUGAAGUGAUCCUUCAGUGCAUCGUUGCCUGGUUCGGGUCAGUUGAGAACUUCGAGAUCCAUGUCCGCUCUGAUGUCCGUGUGUCAAUGGCAGGUCAACUUGCAAACGGAGCGUUUCUGUACCACCGCAUACUUUCAGCGACCACGCCACUCUUUUGGUUCUAUUUUGAUGUGACCAUCAGCGUGAAGGAUCAUCGAAAACUUCCGUCUCUAUUCCGGAGCUUGGCGUUGUGGCUCGCUGCACUACCCUGCCUGGUCAAGCUGAUGCUUCACUUGAGCUAUCGGCUGAGGACCAAGCGCGGCAGUGUCUGUGCGGAUUGCUUGGUCUCCGCAGGCCUUAUGCUUUCAGUUUCCCUGCUGGUCUUCGCUCUUCUCGUGGGCGGGAUUUACCUUUUCGACCCCAACGACGAUUCCAUGAUGAAGACUUUAACCUUCUUUUUCUUGUCAAUUCUAAUCACGGGUUUGGUCUGGCAAAAAGUGCCAACGAUCCGAUUGGACCCACAUCCCAGCUCGCUGCCUGCGUGCUAG